GUUGCCGUUCAAAAUGGCGGGUGGAGAUCGUUUUGUUGUGUGUUCUGGCUGCUGAAAAAAAAAACGACUCUUCAGGAUGCGUUGGCUUGGAUGCUUUUGUUGCAAACGCCGCUAGUGCUUGCAGGCGGGAUGCGUAGCCGGUCGAGUGGCACCCAAUGAAAGACCCUCCCCCGGGGGCCUGCUGUGCGUCGUCGGCGGUGGAUGGCCAGCCGGGCAGUAGCCACCAGGGGGCCUUGACCGGGGCGGCGGUGCCCUCUGGCGGCGGCGGCUUCGAUGACGACUACAACGAGUGGGAGCUGGGCAUUGGGGAUCUCAUCAUCGACCUGGACGCCGACAUAGAGAAGAGUAACGACCCCAUGGCCUCCUCCUCGGCCGCGGCCUCCCCGCCCGUCGAGCACCAGGCAACCGUGGACAAGGGUCUUAAGAUGAAGAUCAAGCGGAAGAACUUGGCCAAGCACGAAAUAGUAAAGGCGCAAGACACUGGUGCAUCUCCACCACCUUUGGCACCACUGCCAAGCACAAAGCACUCGUCAUCGUCUGUGUCGUCCUCGUCGUCGUCAUCAUCGUCAUCCAAGAGCAGUGGCCGCAGUGGAUCUCACAAGAAGAAGCGCAUCGAAAACGGGGCUUCUCCACCACGCCUCCAGUGUUCUCUGGGAGCUCCCCUUCCUCUCCCUCCCCCAUCUCUGUCCCCUCCUCCUGCCCCCGCUGUUCCUCCAUCAUCCCAGGCACCUCCAACCACCCCUGCCGUUCUGCCCGCCCCCAUGGAGCAGACGGCUGCAAACGGUGUGCCAUCAUCACCCCCAGAGGAAGGUGGCAGCAUGCCUGCGGGCUCUGCGACCUUGCCAACACCAGAGGAAGCUGCCACUGCUGCUGAUGCAACAAAGCGAGCGAUAAAGGUGGAGUGCCCGGGCAGUCCUGCAAAGGUUGUGGCGGCAAGUACCAGUGUAGAGCGAAAAGACAGCGGCGUGCUGUGCACGUCGGUGGGAACCAUCACCGAGCCCGAUUGUCUGGGGCCCUGUGAGCCCGGAACCAGUGUCACCCUCGAGGGCAUUGUCUGGCAGGAGACUGAAGGCGGAGUGCUGGUGGUGAACGUGACAUGGCGAGGCAAGACAUACGUGGGCACCCUGCUGGACUGCACAAGGCACGACUGGGCCCCUCCACGGUUUUGUGAGUCUCCCACUAGCGACUUGGAUGCUAAGGGUGGCCUCCCAAAGGGGGGACGUCCAAAGAGGGCUCGGGGUGACGCCGAAGCAUCGGCCCGCGCAGCUCCUGUCCAGGGAAAGCUUCGCAACGGGAAAGGGCGCCGAUUUGCAGUCCCCUGCAGUCCUGCCAAGAAUGAGGGUCGCCGCAGGAGCAAGCCACCGGAGUUGGAGCUGAGUCCUCCUGACAAGAAAAGGGCCCGAGCGCGGAGUACACCUACUCCCGAGGCUCCCUGCUCCCCGGCCCUCAUCCUGUGCCCGGAGCCCAACUGCGGCAAGAAGUACAAACACAUCAACGGUCUGCGCUACCACCAAAGUCAUGCGCAUGGGUGUGGGGAUGCAAAGGGGGGUGAGGAGGAGACGUCCGAUGGGGGAGAAGAAUGCAGCAGGCCACCUAGCCCCGAUCUGGCACCUCCAGCAGAGGAAGCACCUCCUGCACCUGCAGUGGUCCAGGUGCCAGCAGCAGCAACAGCCGCUACAGCAGUUGCUACCACAGUUGCAGCAUCUACACCGACACCAACAACAUCAGUGUCGGCAACAUCCUCCCCCGCACCCCCCAUGCCCCCCACUUCUCCCGUGUCUGUCACUGUCAGCAUCCCAACAUCGCAAGUGUUUUCAUUUGUGCCUGCGAGUGUGCCACGAGCUUCCACACCCCCACGCCCUUCUGUUGUGUGUGGUCCCGCAGCCCCAUGUUCCCCCGAGUCACCCCAUGUGAAUGUGGCACCUCCGAGUCCAGCGAAAGUGCUCGCGACGACUGUGGAGACUCCUGCUCUGCACUCGGACCCCAACCGGCCCCACAAGAGGCCUCACAAAAAAAGCAAGAGCCGCAAGCCAGACGGCAAUGGCUCAGUGGUUAUGCAGGAUGAGGUCGGGUUAGAAGGUGCUCCGCCUUCCCUCGCCGAGUCUGGACCACCACAAGAGCAAGCCCCACCACAUCUGGAGGAGAGCGUUCAGAGUCCAGCGUAUUCUGACAUAUCCGAUGAUGCUGCUCCUUUGUUAGAAGCAGCAAAGGAUAAAGAGCCUCCUCGCACACCAUCUGAACUCUAUGGUGUGUACCCUUACUUUGGGCAGCCCCCAUACCUUCUCCCUGGGGUGCAGGCACCCGAGGGAAAGCCUGUGUCUAUAGCUGGACCAGGAUCGUCUGUUGAUGAGGACUCUAAAAAGGAUGUUGUCAGUCGAGACAAAGCAACCAAGGAAGUUGGCUCCUCCCGCCCCCAGGAAGGGAAAAAGCCAGACACAGACUUUCCUCAAUUUCCUCCUUAUUCCCUGUGUGCAGCUAGCCCCUUUGUUCAAGGUGCUCCAGCAUUUUCUUACGACCCUUACCGUGUACAUAUAGUGGACCCGCCCUUCAAGGAGGACAAAGGCACCACUGCUUCGAGCAAGGAACCUACCACAGAUAAGGCUCCACCACCUGAGAAGGCUCCCCCACCAUCGAGGCCAUCCAUGACACCCCGCCGACCCUCUCCCGAGCCACCCCCUGCAUUGACCAAGGACCUUGAGUGCAAGGAGGAACCCAAGCCAGAGACCAAGUUCGGCCCCUAUGAUUCGCUGUAUGAGCAGCGGUUAUUCUAUCUCCGCCCUGAUCAGGCUGCACCCCCUCCUGCCCCUCCUGCAGAAAUUGUUCCCAAGGAGGUUGUUCACCCUCCAAAGAGUGUGACGCACAAACCGUCACGCGCACCCAAAGAACACAAGGAGAAAGACACAGGUGGCCAGAAGCCCACCAUGGAGACAACGGGACCGCCACCGCCGGCCAACUACGCCUAUUUGCAUCCGAGCUACCUGCAAUCGCCCUUCACGCCACACAUGGCCUUUGAGCCGGUGUACCGGAGCCUUCCUACACCAUACGGAGCGUCUCCCUACCUGCGUUUUCAUGUUCCUCCCCCCGAGGUUCCUCCGCAAGCACCAGGACCUCCUGUAGCACCGCCACAGGGACCGCCAAAGGCACUUGAAAUCCUUCACCAAGUGUCCCAGCACUAUGGAAACCACAAGAUACACGAGCUGCAGGAGCGUGCAGCUCCUUCGCCAUCUCCACAUGUCCCAGGGGAACGCCCUCCGAAAGGGGGUCCUCCGGAGAAAGGUCCUCCAUCAUCGCGGGGUGUCGUUGGAGGGGAGGGGUCAUCCUCGGUGGUGGGACCGCCACCCGUUGUGAUGGGGAGUGCUGCUGACCUGACCAAGGGUGUGCUCGGUCCAGGCUCUGCAGCCAUGGGUCCGCAAGGCCCCGGCAGCCUACCGCCGGGAGUGGCUGUACCUCCUGGUGGUGUGACGGGUGCACCGAGCACUGCCACUGAGGGGUCUUCCCGAUCACCUCCACCCCAGAGGCACCUUCACACGCAUCACCACACCCAUGUGGGAGUGGGCUACCCCAUUUACGACCCAUAUGGAGUGCCCCCAAGCCCAUGGAAGCAGGCGCCACCACAGAGACCCUACCGUGUGAUGCCAUGAUAGCAAGCCAGCAGGCAGCUGCGUGCGCCGUGGCAGCCUCAUCAAACCUGCACCCGUUUGUGCCCAAGUGAGGCUUCCCCACAGUACCUGGCGGGAAGGUGCAACGACCACCACCCCGAUGUGUAAAUAACUGCUGCUGUGUGUGGUGUGGGGCCCGAACUGGACCGCCUGAUGUGCAAAAAGAAGGCCCCCUCCCUGCUGUGACCCCGCCCAGCUCCCUCACAAGCUUGCCUGCCCUGCCCUCUCGUGAGCGUGAUGUGUAUGUGCGUGUGUGUGCGAUUGCUGCUGCCACUUGCGUGCAGCUGUGGUGAAAACCCGGUUUCCCAAACCUGUGUACAUAGCGCAACAGGACUGAUCCCACCUCCAUUCCUGCGAUGCCCCCAGCAGUAGUUUUAGAUGCGUGCUCUCUAUCAUCAUCCCCUCUGACACUGCCACGACAGCGCCAUCUUCUGUGAGGAUGGCAUCACCACUCCCCACCCCCUCAUGCUGCUGCUGAUGCUUCUUUUCGAUCGUCUUGGUGACUUCGCUGGAGCAUCCAACCUGACAUUGCGAACGAGAUGUUCACUGUGCCCUCCUUUUACAACCCUCUCAAUGUUGAUGUGCGCAUAGAAAAUGUGGUGUACCCACGCGCCGAGCAAGUUUCUCCAACGACGAAGAAAAAAAAAAAAGGAGUGUGCACUGCUGUUGAGUGUUUUAUAAGGAGGCAGGGCCCUCCUUUGACGCCCCCGCCCCUCACGUUUCCUCUUUUACAUUUCUCAUUUCUCACAAUUGUGGGCCCCCUACCCCCUCCUUCCCUGGCCCUGUUUGAUUCUCCCAGUUUGGGAGGCUGUACAAAGUGUUAAAUAUUCCGUGCUACUGUUUCAUUGUAAGCUAUAGUUUCAUAUUAUCCACUGUCUAUUAUUUUUCUCCACUACUUUCUUCUUUACCCAUCCUGCUGUGCCAGGUUUGCAGCAGAGUUAUCCCUUCCUUCCCACAUCUCCACCACCCUCAAUAUUCUGUUGGUGUCCUAGUGACUGUAUUUUUACAAAAGGCAAAUACAGUUGUGCCUUUGAGCACCUCUAGUCCUCUCUUGCAGCUCUGAUGAUUACGCUAGGUAAGGAGGAACUAACUGCUAGGCACUGUCAACACAAGAGGCACCUUGGGGAAUUGAAAAAAAAAAAAGAAAGAAAAGCUCCUGUACAAAGAAGCGCCGGGUUGAAGUCAUGUACGUGCAGUGUGUACCCCAGGUGUCAAAAACGUUUGGAAUUACAUGUUCAUUUUUCAAACGUU